AGCUGCCUGCUCACCCUUCCUCAUCCUCUCAUCUCGCUCGUCAUGGAUCCAGACGGCUUGUUUGACUUUCUGGAGCCAGCGGCUAGCGGCUCGAAGAGUACACCAGAAGCAUCCUCGUCCUCAAAACCAAAUGGCAAGAAGAGGACUUCCGAUGUGGCCAGCCCCGCCCCAGACCCUGCUGCCGCCCAGGCUACCACUGCUGGAAACGGCACAGCAGCAACAUCAGAAGACCAAGUAGCCGCUCCGCCCAAGUCCAGAUCCUCGUCACCCAAGAAGAAGAAGUCGCGGAAUGUGGCUCCAGUCCCCGUCAUCGCUGACGAGUACACUGCAGAAGCCGUGAGGGAAAUACCAAUCAAGGACGAGACAGGCGGUGGUCCUGCUCGAACAUCGAAAGAAGGUGGAGCAGCCCAACAGGCUGCUGCAGAGCUGAUGGGCGAGGAGACCAUCAGAGGUACCUCUACCACCGUUGUCCCAUCAUCAAAAGGCUCAGGAGACGACGGUGAAUCCAAGGGAGCUAUGCAGAUCUCCCACUCCAUGCGGCAUCAAGUCGCCAUUCCUCCAGCUUACUCUGGCUACGUACCGCUCUCAAGUCACGUCCGGCCCGAGCCAGAGGCAAGGGAGUAUCCUUUCACCCUCGACCCCUUCCAAAGAACAUCCAUUGACUGUAUUCAGAGGAACGAGUCGGUGCUAGUCAGCGCUCACACCAGCGCAGGAAAGACUGUCGUUGCCGAAUACGCCAUUGCUCAAUGUCUGAAGAAUGGGCAAAGAGUGGUGUAUACAAGUCCAAUCAAGGCGCUCUCCAACCAGAAGUACAGAGAGAUGACAGCCGACUUCGGAGACGUCGGCCUGAUGACAGGAGAUGUGACCAUCAAUCCCUCCGCCAGUUGUCUUGUGAUGACUACCGAGAUUCUUCGGUCGAUGCUAUACCGCGGAUCAGAGAUCAUGCGUGAAGUCGCAUGGGUUGUCUUCGACGAGAUCCACUACAUGCGUGACAAGGAGCGUGGAGUAGUCUGGGAAGAAACAAUCAUUCUGCUCCCUCGCAAGGUUCGCUACGUCUUCCUCUCGGCUACGAUUCCGAACGCAUUCCAAUUCGCCUCUUGGAUUGCUUCGACUCACAACCAGCCAUGCCACGUAGUGUACACCGACUUCAGACCUACGCCUCUUCAACACUACCUGUUCCCGGCUGGCGGAGAUGGCAUACACCUGGUUGUAGACGAGCGUGGGACGUUCAAGGAAGAGAACUUCCAGAAGGCAAUGGGAGCACUCGGUGAAGCUGCAGGUGAAGACCCAGCAGCUGCGGAUAGCGGCAGGAAUAAGCAAGGCAAGACGAAGAAGGGCGGUCAGAAGGGGCCAAGUGACAUCUACAAGAUCGUAAAGAUGAUCAUGCUGAAGAACAAUAAUCCGGUGAUCGUCUUCGCGUUCUCGAAGAGGGAAUGCGAGGCACUGGCUCUGCAGAUGAGCAAGCUUGAAUUCAACACGGAUGACGAGAAGAAAAUGGUCAGCACGAUCUUCAACAAUGCGAUCUCCGCACUGUCCGAGGAAGACCGAGCCCUUCCUCAAAUUGAGCACAUCUUGCCUCUACUAAGACGAGGAAUCGGAAUCCAUCACGGUGGUCUCCUUCCCAUUCUCAAAGAGGUAAUCGAAAUCAUGUUUCAAGAAGGUCUGCUCAAGGUUCUUUUUGCCACAGAGACUUUCUCCAUUGGUCUCAACAUGCCGGCGAAGACGGUUGUAUUUACCUCCGUGACGAAGUUUGACGGCACAGAGUCGCGCAAUCUCACCAGCGGUGAAUUCAUUCAGAUGUCAGGUCGAGCUGGACGUCGUGGUCUGGAUGACCGCGGUAUCGUCAUCAUGAUGUUUGACGCCAAGCUGGAGCCCUCAGCCGCGAAGACCAUGGUGAAGGGUGAGGCCGACAGGCUGAACUCUGCAUUCCAUCUGGGCUACAACAUGGUGUUGAAUCUGAUGAGGGUCGAGGGCAUAUCACCCGAGUACAUGCUCGAGCGCUGCUUCUACCAAUUCCAGUCGGCUGCCUCGAUACCCGCACUUGAGCUCGAGCUAGAACAGGCGGAAGAAGAUUUGAAACAGGCGGUCGUUCCAGAAGAGGAGGCAGCGGACGACUACUUCGGAUUGGCGAAGCAAUUGGACCUGCUCGGACAAGACUACCAAGAAGUCAUCUCGCAUCCCACCUAUUCUCUGCCUUUCCUGCAGCCUGGCCGUCUGAUCAAGAUCAAGCACGAAAGCCUUGACUUUGGAUGGGGCUGUGUCGUCAAUUAUCAGAAGCGCUUGCCGCCCAAAGGACGAGCGCCUGAUCCAGAUGCGAAGCCUCAGACGCAGUACAUCGUCGACUGUCUUUUGCACUGCGCUGCUGGCAGCACGGUGCCGACAGGAAAGCAUCAGAAGGGUCCUUCUGAGACUCGGGGGGCUCCCGAAGGAGUGUCACCUUGCCCACCCGGGGAGAAGGGGGAAGUCAUUGUCGUACCGGUACUCCUGACGACAGUACAACGCUUGAGCGGCAUCAAGCUCUUCUUGCCGAAGGAUCUGCGAGCCAAGGAGGCCCGCGAGCAGGUGCGGAAGAAUCUCGCCGAGGUUGCGAGGCGUUUCCCGGCUGCCAAGGGCGGUGUCCCCCUUCUGGAUCCUGUCAAGGACAUGAAGGUGACCGACGAUGGGUUCAAGACUCUGCUUAGCAAGAUGAGUCUCAUUGAGACCAAGAUGAAGGAGGCCGACCUUCAUUCCUCUCCUAGGCUCAAUGAGAUUCAGGAGGCAUGGCAUGCAAAAGCGAAGCUCCGGGGAAGGUUCGAGAAUCUGUCGAAAACGAUUUCUGCAGCACACUCUGUCCUCCAGCUCGAUGAGCUGAAGUGUCGCAAGAGAGUGUUGCGCCGCUUGGGCUUCACUACGUCAGAGGACGUGGUGGAGAAGAAGGGCCGUGUUGCCUGCGAGAUCUCGACGGGAGACGAACUGCUCCUUACCGAGAUGAUCUUCAAUGGCGUCUUCAACGACCUCACACCGGAGCAAUGUGCGGCUCUGCUGAGCUGCUUUGUCUUCACUGAGAAGUCAGAGCAGCAAGUGAAGCUGAAAGAGGACCUUGCUGCACCACUAAGGGUGAUGCAGGAGACUGCAAGGAGGAUUGCAAAGGUCAGCAAGGAGAGUAGGCUGGAGAUCAAUGAGGACGAAUACGUGCAGAGCUUCAAGGUAGAGAUGAUGGACGCCGUGCUGCAGUGGUGUCGCGGUGCCAAGUUCGCCGAAAUCUGCAAGCUCACGGACGUGUUUGAGGGCUCGAUCAUCCGAGCUUUCCGCCGUCUGCAGGAGCUAUUGCGCCAGAUGGGGCAGGCGGCCAAGGCCAUUGGCAACGGCGAAUUAGAGGACAAGUUUGCAGAAAGUCUUGCCAAGCUAGAGAGGCAGUCGAGCAUCAUCUUCUCACCGUCGUUGUACCUAUGAGACUCAUGUCUGCAUCUCACGUCAUCUUCCUUGGCCCUUCUGUAUGUCUCUCCUUUCACACAAUUGUAACCUGUACAUCCCCCCAUUCGAAUUUGUGAGUCAAGUGUCCUCCCGCCCGCAUGCAAAGGGAAAGUUCUCACCCUCACGCUUGCAAUGACAAUCUGGGCGUUUC